UGAACAUUUCGUAAAGGAAUGUCAAGAUAUAGGUAGCAUUUUUAUCAAUUGCCUGAGUUCAAUAUCGACAAAUACAAACUAGAGACGAAGAGAAAACUUUCAGAAGCGAAGUCAAACAAAUAUAAUUCAGAGUAGGAAUACUUCGUAUUUCCAUCUCGUGGAAAAGAACAAUGGUAUUAAAUAUACAUUUGUGGUAUUUUCUCUGGAUCCUAAUAGCGUCUGUUGAUGGGGGAUCAGUACUUGUACAACCAUGCUUUAUGAUGCAGACUUCUCGACAUGAAGCCAUAGAGAAGAUUGCCUUAAUUCUCUCAAAUGCAGGACAUAAUGUGACCUAUUUCGCUCACACAGAGUAUAAAGUACCGGUUGAUUUUAUCGCAGCUAAAAUCAAUGUGAUAAAGUUCAAAUAUCCUAGUGAGAAGAUUUCGUAUAAUAUGCCGGAGGAUAUUGUUCAGGAUGCGAUGACAAUGACCAUUACUGGUGAAAUUGAGAUGUUGUAUGAACGUGGUGGGAUCACAGAUACCUACCUGGACACUUUACUAUUGCCUUACUUUGAGGAUGUCUCUCUAUGGAAAAGACUAAAAGAUGCAGCGUUUGAUUUGGUCGUUUUAGAUAGUAUGGAUAUUCUUUUUGGUGGGAUAGCUAAACAGUAUUUGGACAGGCCAACAAUUUUAUGGUCAAAUGCCGGCUAUGAGCAGCACUUUGAAAAUUGGCUGAUGCCCUUACCGCUAUCACACAUACCAGUUGUUGCUGUUCCGUUUUCAGAUCAAAUGUCAUUUAUGGAGAGAACCAUGAAUGUUUACUAUUAUCUAACGAUGAUUUGGUACAAGCGUAACUGGUAUGAUUUGAGGGAUGAGAACUGGAAGAAAGUCGCGGACAAACUUGGCCUACCACCAACCACAAACAGUCGGCUAUCUGAAGGUGACUUGAUCUUUAUACAGUCAAACUUUGCCUACUUCUAUCCUCGACCAAUCAUGCCUAAUGUCAUACCUGUCCUUGGCUUGAAAGACAAACCUCACAAACCAAUCGACACUAAAUUUACAGAGCUUAUAGAUGUCGCUGGUGAAGAUGGGUUUAUCGUUUUCACUCUUGGCUCAAUGCCAGCAGGAAUGGAUGAACAACGACUGGAAAUCUUUGCUACCGUUUUUGCGAAACUAAAACAGCGAGUCUUUUGGAAAUACAGAGGCCCCAUACCUAAAAGCCUAGGCAAGAAUACAAUACUGUUGCCAUGGCUACCUCAAAAUGAUCUCUUGGGGCAUCCCAAAUUGAAAUUAUUCAUGACACAUUGCGGAGCUUCCGGAUCAGCUGAGGCUGUGUUUAAUGGUGUCCCUAUCAUUGGUGUCCCAUUAUUUUACGACCAGAGACAUCACUGUACCAUUCUCACACAGCGUUUAAAAAUGGGCGUGGUCGUAAAAUUUACCGAAAUCACAGUUGAAAUGCUAAGUAAUGCUAUAGAUGAGGUUCUAGGAAAUCCUCGGUACAAGCGUAACGCCUUGAAGGCUCAAGAACUGGCAAGAGAUCAGCCUGUUAAUGCAUCCUACACCAUUCAGUACUGGGCGGAAUAUGUCAUGAAGCACAACGGAGCUAAACAUUUACAAUCAAAGCCUAUGAUGGAACUCAACUUCUUCCAGUACUAUCUGUUAGACAUAGCAUGUGUUUGUCUUAUAUUUAUGUCAUUCGCCAUACUUUGUGUUUUCUAUCUCAUAAAGCGUUUUUAUAAUUUUGUAUUUUUGAGCUAUGAUAAUGACAAACUUAAAAAACAGUAAAUGAUAUAUUGUAUUUUGUAACAUAAAAGUUACAAAUGUUGGUUUUGUAUGUAUAUUUCACGUUCAACACGUACAUGUGAAAGGAGAUGCCCAAUGGAAAGUUCAAUUGAACCAACUCGGUAAGAAAAUGAAAAAGAAGGUGUACACACAUUAAGUACACAACUAUACUUUCGCUUUUGAGACUGCCUUAUUCGUAUACACAUGCCCACUUUUAAAGUGUAACGGUGUUACAACCACGAACUGUGAAUCGCGUAAGUGUUAAACACAGUUCAGCGCAUUCGCCAGUGCCUUCCACAUCGAUUGACAAAUCUGAGAAAUCCAGGUAUUUUAAAUGAUACAAUAUUACAUAAAGGUUUUGACAUCUAGGUUUUUCUGACUUCUAGGUUACUUCUGAUAUCUAGGUUACCCUAGCUUUGCAUGUAUGUAUACAAAGUACUUUAUACUAAUAGAUUAGUUUGAGGAGAGAUAACAGUUCCUUGUUUGAUCUAAUUUGCCAGUCAUAUACCACUCUUUGCAG